AUGCGUCGCAAAUCCGUCAAACCAUCCGAAUAUCCAGCCCUACCGUUUCACUUCAUCCGCUUCGUCCUCUUCCUCUCAUCCCUCCUCGUCGCCAUCAUCCUCGCUGUCUUCGCCUACAAGCUCCACCAAGCCGAUCAGAAAUUCCCUUGGGCUUUCCUUGUGCUGAUUAUAGCUGCCUUCCUCUCCCUCCUAAACCUCAUUUUCACCACAAUCCUCCACUGCUGCUACGGCCUCUCCCCGCGUCUCUCGCUAAUCACAAACUCCGUCGUCUUCGUCAUCUGGGCUGUCGCUUUCGUCCUCCUCGCCUGGGCCGUCUCACACACGAUUCUCACAACAUGCAACGCCACAUAUUGGGCCACGUCAACCGGCAUCGCGGUCUGCCGCAUGUUCAAGGCCCUUUUCUCAUUCACGAUUAUCGGCGCGGCAGCUCUUAUUACAUCCAUAAUACUUGACGUCAUCGCGUACCGUCGUCAAACAAGACUCGGAGAAUAUGACCCCAUGGCAUUGGGCAUAGAAGGGCACAGUCUGGCGGAGUAUAAGCCAGGGGCACAUAAUCGGGAUAGCAGUGCGCUUUCGGGGUCGUUCCCGCAUCCAGCUAUAGGCGCUGGCCCGGGGCUCGUCGAUGAUGAUAGGGCACCGCUUGUUUCAGGAGGAAGAUACGAUGCCUCGGGCCAUUUGAGGGGCCGCUCGGAAGAAAUGGAUAUUGGGGAGAGUAGACCGUUGCAUCAGCCACCUCCGUAUGCUAGUAAUCCGGUGUUGGAGAGGUAUUCGGACGGACCCCAGCACCCGCACUCCGGGAUGAGGAUGAGUGCCUAUGAUAACCCGUACGGGUAUGGACAGCAGACGAGCUAUGACCCCACAGCCUAUAGGUGA